CUGUCACCGCCUUCAUGGGAGAUACAGUGUUACUCAAGUGUGAAGUCAUUGGGGAGCCCAUGCCAACAGUACACUGGCAGAAAAACCAACAAGAUCUGACUCCCCUCCUGGGCGACUCCCGAGUGGUGGUCUUGCCCUCUGGCGCAUUGCAGAUCAGCCGACUUCAGCCGGGAGACAUUGGGAUUUACAGGUGCUCUGCCCGGAACCCAGCCAGCUCCAGAACAGGAAAUGAAGCAGAAGUCAGACUUUUAUCAGAUCCAGGACUGCACAGGCAGCUGUAUUUUCUGCAAAGACCAUCCAAUGUAGUAGCCAUUGAAGGAAAAGAUGCCGUCCUGGAGUGUUGUGUUUCUGGCUAUCCUCCCCCGAGCUUUACCUGGCUACGAGGAGAGGAAGUCGUUCAACUCAGGUCCAGAAAGUAUUCUUUACUGGGUGGAAGCAACUUGCUUAUAUCCAAUGUAACAGAUGAUGACAGUGGAACUUACACCUGCGUUGUUACAUAUAAAAAUGAGAAUAUUAGUGCCUCUGCAGAGCUCACAGUCUUGGUUCCGCCAUGGUUUUUAAAUCACCCUUCCAACCUCUAUGCCUAUGAAAGCAUGGAUAUUGAGUUUGAAUGUGCAGUCUCUGGGAAGCCUGUGCCUACUGUGAAUUGGAUGAAGAAUGGAGAUGUGGUUAUUCCUAGUGAUUAUUUUCAGAUAGUGGGAGGAAGCAACUUACGAAUCCUCGGGGUGGUCAAGUCGGAUGAAGGCUUUUAUCAGUGUGUGGCUGAAAACGAGGCUGGAAAUGCCCAGACCAGUGCACAGCUCAUUGUCCCCAAGCCCGCUAUCCUAAGCUCGAGCGUCCUCCCUUCUGCUCCCCGAGAUGUGGUCCCUGUCUUGGUUUCCAGUCGGUUCAUCCGUCUCAGCUGGCGCCCACCCGCAGAAGCAAAAGGGAACAUUCAAACCUUCACCGUCUUUUUCUCCAGAGAAGGUGACAAUAG